AUGUCCUUCUCGCCAGACGUCUUCAAAAAGAAGUUGGACCUGCUUCAGGAAACACAGGACCUGAUUGUCCUGAUUUCUCAGUGGGUGCUUUUCCAUCACCGAAGAGUGAAGGAGUUGUGCCAGUUGUGGAGCGAGUAUACCUUGCUGGACGACCCGAAACUAAACUCGAAAAAGAAGCUCUCGUUGCUUUACUUAUGCAAUGAUGUUGUUCAACAGGCUCGUCACAAGAGGAAACCGGAGUUUCUGGCCGAGUUUGCAAAGUGCUUGCCCGAGGUGCUCCACAAAGUGUUCCCUAGCAUGGACGACCCCAUCAAGCCCAAGAUAGAAAGAUUGAGGGAUCUUUGGGGCUCAGAUAUCCGCAAUAUGAGAAGGGCAAUAGACUCGCUGAAGUCAGGUAAGUCAUUUGACGCUGAAGCUCCUGUCGCUAAGGUUCAGCCCGCUGGUCCUAAGCUCAACAGCGAAUUGGUCCAUUUGAAUAACCUAUAUAACCAUAUGACGCAGCUUCUGGACGUGUGCAAUCUGAACUUGACACAAAUCGGAUUCCAGUCCAAGCAGUACUUGCCAAACGACCAUGGCUCCCAGGAUGCCCUCCCACUGCCUAAAAUCUACAUUUCUAAACUUAAUGUCCUCGAGAAGCUCUGCAGCGUCACCUCACAAAACUUGACAGAUAUAAAAGCCGCUAGAAAGGAUGUCUUGUCGCUGUUACAGAAUCUCCAGCGUCUUCUCGAGGACGGCUUGUCCACAGAUGAAUCGAAGGAGCAGAUCAUUGCACAGAGAUUAGAAAAGCUCAACUCGACGCGGUCCUCAUUGCAAGAGAUGCUUGAUGGUGAAGGUGCUGAAGAUGAGGAGGCUUCUCCUGCUUUCGAAAAAGACUCACCUCCUCCAGUUGCAGCUCCUGCUCCUUCUAAUGAUGACGAUGCUUUGCCAACUUACGAUAAUUCUGACAGCGAUGAUGACGAUGAUGACAGGGACGAGCCACCUGCCAAAAGAAGAAAAGCCUCGGAUUCUUCAGUGUCUUCCAAUGCCUCAGGAAAGAAGUCGGUCGCUUUUUCUGAAGACAUACAAAUCAACGAAUACGACAGAGAAGAGCAGACUGAUGUCAUAAAAGUGGCAAAGAGCGACAACGAAUCCGAUGAUGACACAAACUUUGAGCCCAGUCUUCCGGAAAAUCUCGAGGAGUACGAGGCACACCACAAAGACGACUUGGAGCUCCACAAAAUUCAGCAGGGUGGCAGCAAUGGGACAGGCGGCGGAAGCAACGGUGGCGACAGCGAUCAGAACGCUGGCUUACUCAAUUUGCUUUCCAAACUCUCAUGA